AUGGCCGCCUACUGCCCGCUGCCGGCGAUGGCGCCGGACCUGCCGGUCUGGACCCACGCCGCGCCGGCGACCCCCGAGCCCCAAACCCUACCCAUCUUCAUGUACCCGCCCCCGCCGCCCCCGCUCCCCGCGGGCCGCCGCCUCCUCCCCUGGCCGGUCGCGCACCGGCCGCCUCCCGACUUCUUCUUCGAGAUGGACUACCGCCGGACCCACUCCCUCGUCCAGUUCUUGACGGACGAGGGGGCCAUCCCGACGCCCGAGGAGGAGGAGACGAGGGAGCAGGUCAUCCGCGAGCUCAAGAAGAUUGUGACGGAUUGGGCCAAGACGGUUGCCUGUGAGGAGAGGGUUCCCCCAAGGCGGGUGACGGCUACGGUCCUCACCUAUGGUUCUUACACGUUAGGGGCUCACGGACCUGAAUCUGACAUCGAUGCGCUAUGUGUUGGUCCCUGUAUCGCAAACUUGCCGCAGCACUUUUUUGUUGUUCUGCGACAAAUUCUCAAGUGCAGGCCGGAAGUAUCAGGACUGCAGACUGUGGAAAAUGCCAAGGUUCCAUUGAUGCGAUUUAGAUUCAGCGGGAUUUCUGUUGAUCUGACAUACGCCCAGCUCCCAGUCCUUGAUGCAGUUCAGGCUAUAAAUACAUCUAGUCCUCAGUAUCUUCGGAGACUUGAUUCACGGAGUUGGAAGAGUUUGUCUGGAGUUCGUGUUAAUGAGCAGAUUGUGCAGCUAGUGCCGAAUCAAGAGAAAUUCCAAGUUCUGUUGCGAUGCAUAAAACUAUGGGCUAGGAGGCGUGGACUUCAUUGCCAUUUGCUUGGUUUCUUUGCUGGGAUUCAUUUGGCGAUUCUUGCAGCAUAUGUUUGUCAGAAAUUUCCAAAUGCCACUGCCAAUGGUCUGUUCACCAUGUUCUUUGAGAUAUUUGCUCACUGGCCUUGGCAUAUUCCAGUAGAUCUGCAUGGUCAGCAAACUAACUGCACGCGUUCAGAUGGGUGUUUAAUGCCCAUAGUGAUGCCUUGUUCUCCACCGGAGCUCUGUGCGUCUAAUAUGACAGAAGGUACCUUCAGGAAGAUCAGAGAGGAGCUUAUGCGUGGUUAUGUUUUGACCAAGGACCUAGGGAGCCAUGAUUUUGAGUGGGCAUGGAUUUUUGAACCCUUCCCAUAUUCGACAACAUAUGAACAAUUUCUUUGCAUUGCUCUAUGUGCUCCAACUUCUGAAGAACUGCAUGAUUGGGCUGGAUGGGUUAAAUCCCGCUUCCCUUACCUUAUUCUCAAGCUGGAAGAUAACGGCAUUGAGUGUGACCCCAAUUCAUCACAGGAAGUUGAUCAUACAGUGAUCAAACCCAACAUUGUAUAUCACUGGGGCCUCAUCCCUCAAUCAGAUACUCUUCUUGAUCCUAUCUCUCUGAAGGAAGAUUUCAUGAAAUAUGUCAUCAAUGAUGUCUAUGGAAAGGUGAAAUGUACAGACUCGGAGCUGACGUUGUCCCUCGUUGGCGCAUCAGAGCUGCCAAAAAGCAUGUACAAUGACUCAUUUUACUCUCGGCACCUGCACCAGUAUGGGGUGGCCUACCAGGCAGCAGCUGACUGUUGGAGUACAAUUGGCUAG